AUGGGCGGCGGCGACCUCAACAUGAAAAAGUCCUGGCACCCGUUGCUCAUGAAAAACCAAGAACGCGUCUGGAAAGAAGAACAAUCCCAACUCGAAGAACGCAAACGCAUCGAACAAAUCCGCAAAGAAAUCGAAGAAGAGCGGCAACUCAAGGAAUUACAGGAUUUGCAAGCUGCGGCGGGAGGGAAGAAGAGGGUGGAGAGGGUUGAUUGGAUGUAUGCGGCGCCGAGUGGGGGGAUGGGUGGGACGAGUGAGGAGAUGGAGGCGUAUUUGUUGGGGAAGAAGAGGAUUGAUGGGUUGUUGAAGGAGAAGGAGGAGGAGCGCCUGUCUAAAGCAAGCGCAGUUGCGGAGGAUAGGUUUGCAGGAGCAGGAGGAGUGGUGGGGACGACGAUGAAGGAUAUGCAGAGUAAGGUUAGGGAUGACCCGCUGUUGGCGAUUAAGAAGAGGGAGCAGGCUGCGUAUGAGGCCUUGAUGAAGAAUCCGGUGCGGCUGAGGGAGAUGAGAGAGAAGGCUGGGUUGCCUGUAAGUGAUGGAAGAGACAAGGAUAGGCGGGGUGAGAGCAGAAGAGAUCGUGAUGGUGACCGUGAUCGAGAGAGGAGAAGCGAUAGGAAGAGGUCAAGAUCGAGAGAUGAUCACCGCUCGUCCAGAAGACGG